GCGGCAGCGGGCACCCGCCCCCUCUACCCCCGGCAUGGAGCGAGGCGGCGGCGGCGGCAGCAGCGCCGCCGGCCCGUCCCGGUCCCCGUCGCCGUCCACGUCCGAGGACCGCGAGUGCUGCGCGGGGCUGUGGGAGCUACCGGUGGAGCGCUGCGAGAGGCGGCCGGAGUGCGGCCGCUGCAGCCGUCCUCAGAAGGUGUGUUUGUGUCCAUUCCUGCCUAUACAUCCACUAAAAGUCUCCACCUGCUUGUAUAUAAUUCAGCAUCCAGCAGAGGAAAGUCGAGUGUUAAGAACAGUACCUUUGCUAGCUGCUUGUCUCCCUCCAGACAAAUGUAAAAUUUUGAUUGGUCGACGUUUUAGUGAAGACAGGUACCCUGAGUUAGCAACUGUGUGCAGAAAUCCCAGUACUCUUAUUUUGUAUCCUGGAUCUGAAGCAACCAAUUUGGAAGAAGUCACGCUGGGGUCUUCCAGUCCACCAGUUAUGAUAAUCAUUGACGGAACUUGGAGUCAAGCUAAAGAUAUAUUUUACAAAAAUUCACUCUUCCGGCUUCCCAAACAGGUGCAGUUAAAAACCAACAUUUCAAGUCAAUAUGUAAUUCGUACGCAGCCAACAAACACCUGUCUCUCUACACUUGAAUGUGCAGCUGUUGCUCUUACUAUUAUGGAAAAAAAUAAGAGUAUACAGGAGACUAUACUCCGUCCACUUCAAGCUUUAUGCUCUUUCCAGCUUCAGCAUGGUGCCCAGAUCCAUCACAGCAAGGAACAUCUUCUCAAGAAUGGCUUGUAUGACAAGCCAAUGCCAAAGAAUAAGCGCAAACUCAGAAGAAUGGAGCUUUUGGUGAAUAAUGUAAAAAUAUAGGUAAACUGUACCUACAGUACAAUGGGAUUUAUUUGCAGCUGGCAAAUGCAUAUUAAUCUGGGUUUAAUCCAGACAGAUUCCCAUACUGUAAUAAAAUAACUUCUAGGCCCUUCAUAGUCAAGAGUUUACCUACCAGCAUGACAAACAGAAGUGGACAAACUUUUUCAUUUUGCAGUAGGCCAGAUGCCUUUGUUCAGAUGGUAGAAGAUCAUUUUCAUUUCCUAUAGAAAAGGAGAAAAUUCUGAGCAUAAUUCAGAGUUAUAUUAUAUCUUGGGUGAAAAGUAUGAUCCUCAGUAAUACUAGAUAAAUUUACUUUGAAGAAGCUUUUAUGAGUAUGAAAAUAAGAAGAAUGUCAAUGUAAUCGAAUGCUAGGUCUUCACUGUUUAGAAGUAUAUUGAAUUUCUCCUAUUUUAAUUUCAAUAUCUAAUUACAAUAGGUUUUCAAACUGUAAUUCCUUAUGUUAUUUAGUUCUCCUGAGCAUAAGGCAUGCUAUUUGUAUAGUUAUUUUGACUUUGAAUUAGAAUUCAUUUUUGUAAUUGUAUGUAACAUUUUACAAUGCAGUCAGGUUCAGUUUUUUUUCUUUGUUUUAGCUAUUUAAAUUAAGCUCAUAUAAAUAUAUAUAUGUAUGUAUAUAUAUUUAUCUGAACACUUCUGAUUUAAAAAAUAGAAAUAGAAAAAAUGUGGAGAAAUCAUUUUGGAAUUAUAAUUCAGGUUCUAUUUUUUUUUUUUUUUUUUUAGCAAAACCAAUUAUUUUUUCUUCAGAAAGGGAUGAAGGGGACAUUUUAUGCAUAGGGCCAGCAAGGUAUAUCAUAUCCAUACCCUUACAUACACUUGUUAUGCCAGUUACAGCAUUAAAUAAACGCAGUGUAGACAGCACAUUCAGAAGUUAGAUGCAAUGAUAGAUGUUUAUUUUUAGAUACAGCCUACUAACAUGUUUGCAGAUCCAUUAGACUUAUGUGUGUUCUUUAGUUCUCUUUUAACUGUGAUAAAAAAUGUAUUUCUUUCUAAUGUGAAUUGCUGCAAACAGAAGGAUUGUGUAUUUUUUACAGGCUUUGUGAAUUAAUGUUUUAUGAUCUAGAGAAAAAAAAAAAAGAUGAAAUAAAAGUUUUGAUGUUCCUUUCUUCUUGUUUAUAUAUUCCUCCAUCAUGAAACUGAUGAAAAUGCUUAAUGUUUGUCUUCACUGUCCAUUCCACUCAAGAUAACAACAUGGAUCGAAUUGGGUACUAAUUAGUCUUUGACCAGAUAAAGACAUUUUGUCUUUAAGUUAUGAACAGCAAAUAAGGAAACUAUUGGAUUGGUGUGUAAACACUGCUCAUCAGUUUAUUAACUGAAAACAUUUCUGCAAUUAACAAGAGAGGUCAAAACUAGGUCAGAGAUGAGCUAAGAAGUUCUGGUUAACCCUAAGCUAAUAGUGACCUUUUGUUUAGGAAUGGAUUAACAAUUUAAUUUGUCUGGCUAAGCUAGUUUAUAUAUAUAUAGUUUAUAUAACCUUGUCCUUUUUGGUCAAGAUAAAUGCUGUAUUUGUCACUAAUAUCAGUAAACCUGAAUUAGUUUUGACAAAUCUGAAGCAAAACAGUCUUAAGUGACUAAUGGUAGUGUAGAUGCACUCUCCAUUGGAAUUGGAGAAAGGGUAUGUUUAUUCUGGUAGCAAAGCACAGUGCAGAAAUCUCCAGCCUAGCCUAGAGUCUGAACUUGCUUUCUUGUGCAACUUGUGUGUGCAAUCUUUUGUGUGACGCUGCCUCUAGUUCUGGAGUUGGCAUUGCUCAUACUGGUCUGUGAAUCUGUUUCCCCCAUGCUCUGGGAUCCAAGCAUUAAUAAAAGAAAUGGCGUUAUCAGUUAGGAUUUAUUUUUAAUGUAAUUUUUACAUAUAUGGAUGAUGUUCACAUUUAACACUGCAUAUUAAUUUAGUUUACCUUGUUUUAGACUCAUUUAGAACUAUAAUAUAUUUUUUGAUAAAUAUUGUGAAGAUUAUUUUUGUAAACAAAACUGUAAAUGUGUCUUUCAGCAGAAUGUGAACUUACAUUAUGCAGAACAGAAAGGCAUUUAUUUUACUGCCUGGGAUUCACAGACAUCUGUAAAAUGCCUUGGAAUUACAGGAUCAGAGAAAUAGUUGUCCUAAUUGAGUUAUAAUCCUGCAUUAAAUACUCUUGUGUAUACAAUCUGUGGAUUCAGAGUUUUCAUGUUUUUCAGCAAAGGACAAAUUCUACACAGCUUAGUUUUUACUUUUGUUGAUUCCUCUUAUUCUUCUAAUUUUGCUCCUGUGGUUAACAGGAUUUGUAGGAUCUGAUGCUGGAUGCAUGGAAGCCUUUAAUUGCUAAUUUCCCAUGUUGUACUACUGUACUAGGUCAAUCACUAUGCAGCAGUUGCUGAAGAAAUGAAAAACAAUUCACUGAAAACCUCCAGGCAUUUUAUUUUUUAAGAUUUUUGUUUAUCCCAUUGCAUCUCUAUUAGAUUGAUCAUUUAGGUGCAGCACAGCAAUUACAUGAAAUUCAAUUUCAGAUUUGUUUGAAGCUGUUAAACAAAAAAUACAAAACUUUUUUAUUUUUUAUUUAUUUAUUUAUUUAUUUUGACAGAACUUGUCUGGCUUUAAAAAUAUAUGCUGAAGAAAAAAAUAAAGAUAAGAGUUUAGAAGGUUCAAGUGUUCUGGAUUCAGAAUUUACCUCUAAAUACAUUGCCUCAAAGAAAUGAGUACUCCACAGUCCAAACUCUUUUGAGGGAAGUUGUGCUUGAUGAAGCAGCACUCUUCGCAGGCAAUUCCAUUACAAUGAGUUUAAUUUGCAGUUUUAUUUUUUGCAGUAAUGGUCAAUCUGUUUUGUUUUUUCCUACCAAAAGAUUAAUGAGUCAAAACCACCAGUCUAACAAGAUAUUGAUUAAGAAGAAAGGAAUGCAUUUGCUUCUAAUGUUUGUUCCUUUGUCCUUGUCCACUUUAUGUUUCCAAAUAUUACUUACCAAAAUGAAAUCUGCCUUAUAUGUUCCACUGCAUCAUGCUUUGGGGAACCUUUGAGAUGGAUAGCAGGCUUUUGAACAUGUGUAUAAGUUCUGCAAAAGUGGGCACUGUUAAAUCUGUGUGUUUUCAUAAUCCACAAUAUAAAGUUUGUUGAAAAAAAGGCAAAGUGAGAAAUCUUUCAAAUUAAGGACAUAAGAAAACCCUUAUGUUUAGGAAGCUUUCAAAUAAACAGGUUCAAAUUUCUUAAUCUCAGAUUAAGAGAUGCCCAGGACAAACAUAAAUUUUCUGGGAUAUGGUGUUAUAUUGCUAAGAAAUUACCAGUUGAUUAAUUUUCCUUUAAAUAAUUGCAAAACUUUGCAAAUGACUUAAAAACUGGCAAAAAAUAUUUUAAGGCCAGGCGUUUCCUUCUCAACUGUUUUAUUAGAAUAAAAAACUGCUUAUGUUGCAUUAUUUUCCACAACUUUCUACUGAUUUUGAAAUUUAAUUAAAAGCUGAACUUUUAAAAAGAGUAGUAGUUCAUGCUUUUCUCUUGAGGUUUGUGUUUAUUAAGCCAAUAUAUGGGAAUAUACAUAAAUUAUAUACUUAUUUUUGCUUCGAAGCUGUGGAAGAUCUAAUUUGCUAUGUUCAUGUGCUGCUAUGUCUCUACAUAAUUUGAUGUUUGCAUAUGCUGAUAUCACAAGGAUGUAUACCAAAUCCUCUGUUGUGCCUUUUUAGCACCUUUCAUUCAGUUAAUGAAUAGACGUGGCUUUUUCUGUGCUAUUUGAAGAAAAGGGUUCCUUUGUUAUCCAUUAAAAACUGCAUCAAGAUUAAAUUUCUGUGGCACAAUCUUUAAA